UCCGAGCUCAGAAGGCGUCCCUGAACGCGGCAGCAGCAGUCGGCUCAGCUCUCCAUUUUCAGUCCGCUCUGUUGUGCCCGUCGCCCCGCUGCCACUCUGACCUUUUUACAACCGUUCCGACAAAAAAAUGGGAACUCUUUGAUUUAACCCCCGGCAUCGGCGACACACACAGCUCUUCGCCCAUCAUUUGGACCCAGAAUAUAUUCAUCUACACCGCCGCUGUGCCGAAGACAAGAAACGGUGAAGAGACUACAUGUCCCAGAAACCCCUGUGAGAGCAAGCUACUUCUUUCUCUCGUCCGUGUGUCCUCUCUCCCUCCGUCCGGUUGGUUGGAUGAGUCCCAAACAGCGACAGAACUGUGAGCAGUGAUUGGGCGCUGAGCCAGACCGGGUAGCCAACGGGGAGCCAGGCUAGCCAUCAUGGCGGACGUGGACCCAGACACCCUGCUGGAGUGGCUGCAGAUGGGCCAGGGCGAUGAGCGCGACAUGCAGCUCAUCGCCCUGGAGCAGCUCUGCAUGCUGCUGCUCAUGUCCGACAACGUGGACCGCUGCUUCGAGACCUGUCCCCCUCGGACCUUCCUCCCGGCGCUCUGUAAGAUCUUCCUGGACGAGAGCGCUCCAGACAACGUGCUGGAGGUCACGGCCCGGGCCAUCACGUACUACCUGGACGUGUCGGCCGAGUGCACCCGGAGGAUCGUCGGCGUGGACGGGGCCAUCAAGGCGCUGUGCAACCGGCUGGUGGUGGUGGAGCUCAACAACCGGACCAGCAGAGACCUCGCCGAGCAGUGUGUCAAGGUGCUGGAGCUGAUCUGCACCAGGGAGUCUGGCGCCGUGUUCGAGGCCGGCGGUCUGAACUGCGUGCUGAGCUUCAUCCGAGACAGCGGCCAUCUUGUCCACAAAGACACGCUGCACUCGGCCAUGGCCGUCGUGUCCCGACUCUGCAGCAAGAUGGAGCCGCAGGACUCGUCUCUGGAGACCUGCGUCGAGUCUCUGUCCAGCCUCCUCAAACACGAAGACCACCAGGUAUCAGACGGCGCUCUGCGCUGCUUCGCCUCGUUAGCCGACAGGUUCACCCGCCGCGGCGUGGACCCCGCCCCUUUAGCCAAACACGGGCUGACGGAGGAGCUGCUGUCUCGCAUGGCGGCCGCCGGCGGCACCGGUCCGCCCGGGCUCCUCUGUAGCCCGGCGGACCCCACGGGCGCGCCCCCCCGGCCGACUCCGAACUCGCAACCGGUGUCGCAUCGUAGCCUGCUGUCACGCGUGCGGGGUCGCCGCUCGUCCCACGACCUGCUGCGUUCGGCGCUGCCCGACUCGAUGGAGUCGGCUCUGGGCGGGGACGAGCGCUGCGUGCUGGACACCAUGCGCCUGGUGGACCUGCUGCUCGUGCUCCUGUUCGAGGGACGGAAGGCGCUGCCCAAAUCCACGGCGGGGUCCACGGGUCGGAUCCCCGGCCUGCGGCGCCUGGACAGCUCGGGGGAGAGGUCCCACCGCCAGCUCAUCGACUGCAUCCGCAGCAAGGACACGGACGCCCUGAUCGACGCCAUCGACACCGGAGCUUUCGAGGUGAACUUCAUGGACGAUGUUGGACAGACGCUUCUCAACUGGGCCUCAGCGUUUGGCACACAGGAAAUGGUGGAGUUUCUAUGUGAAAGGGGCGCGGACGUCAACAGAGGUCAAAGGUCGUCUUCACUACACUACGCUGCCUGUUUCGGACGCCCACAAGUUGCCAAGAGCCUGUUGCGUCAUGGAGCAACCCUGACCUGGAGACGAGGACGGGAAAACUCCUCUGGGCAAGGCCCGGAGCGAGGACACAGCGAGGUGGUGGCAAUACUGCAGUCCCCCGGUGACUGGAUGUGUCCGGUGAACAAGGGCGACGACAAGAAGAAGAAAGAUGUGAACAAGGAGGAGGAGGAGGGCAGCGAGCCCCGAGGAGACCCCGAGAUGGCCCCCAUCUACCUGAGGAGACUGCUGCCUGUUUUUGCACAAACCUUCCAGCAAACCAUGCUGCCUUCUAUUAGGAAAGCCAGUCUGGCUCUGAUCAGGAAGAUGGUCCACUACAGCAGCGAAGUCCUGCUGAAGGAGGUCUGUGACGGAGAGACGGGACACAACCUCCCCACGGUGCUGGUGGAGAUCACCGCUACCGUCUUCGACCAGGAGGACGACGACGACGGCCACCUCCUGGCGCUGCAGAUCAUCAGAGACCUGGUGGACAAAGGCGGAGACGUCUUCCUGGACCAGCUGGCUCGGCUGGGGGUCAUCAACAAGGUGUCCACUCUGGCUGGACCGGCGUCCGAUGACGAGAACGAAGACGAAACCAAACCUGAGAAGGAGGAGGAGGCGCAGGAGGACGCGAGGGAGAUCCAGCAGGGGAAGCCCUACCACUGGAAGGACUGGUCCAUCAUCCGAGGGAGGGACUGUCUCUACAUCUGGUCCGACGCCGCCGCGCUCGAGCUCUCCAACGGCUCCAACGGCUGGUUCCGCUUCAUCCUGGACGGGAAGCUGGCCACCAUGUACUCCAGCGGGAGUCCAGAGGGGGGGUCGGACAGCUCCGAGUCUCGCAGUGAGUUCCUGGAGAAGCUGCAGCGAGCGAGGAGUCAGGUGAAGCCGGUGACCGCCAGCCAGCCCAUCCUGUCCAGCGUGGGACCCACCAAGCUGACGGUGGGGAACUGGUCCCUGACCUGCCUGAAGGACGGAGAGAUCGCCAUCCACAACUCGGACGGACAGCAGGCCACCAUCCUGAAGGAAGACCUGCCGGGCUUCGUCUUCGAGUCCAACAGAGGAACCAAGCACUCCUUCACCGCCGAGACGUCGCUGGGCUCUGAGUUCGUGACGGGCUGGACGGGGAAGCGCGGCAGGAAGCUGAAGUCGAAGCUGGAGAAGACGAAGCAGAAGGUGAAGAGCAUGGCGAGGGAGCUGUACGACGACCACUUCAAGGCCGUGGAGAGCAUGCCCCGAGGGGUGGUGGUCACGCUCAGGAACAUCUCCACCCAGCUGGAGUCAGCCUGGGAGCUGCACACCAACAGACAGUGUAUUGAAGGGGAGAACACGUGGAGGGACCUGAUGAAAACCGCUCUGGAGAACCUGAUCGUGGUUUUAAAGGACGAGAACACCAUUUCUCCGUAUGAGAUGUGUAGCAGCGGCCUGGUCCAGGCUCUGUUCACCGUCCUCAACAACAGUGUGGAGCUGGACCUGAAACAUGACUGUAAGCCUUUGAUGGAGAGGAUCAACGUCUUCAAGGCGGCUUUCAGCGAGAAUGAAGACGAUGAAAGCCGGCCUGCCGUCGCCUUAAUCCGCAAACUGAUUGCCGUCCUGGAGUCGAUCGAACGUCUACCUCUGCACCUGUACGACACGCCAGGAUCCUCCUACAACCUGCAGAUCUUGACGAGGAGGCUGCGGUUCCGUCUGGAGCGAGCGCCCGGGGAGACGGCGCUGAUCGACCGAACGGGCCGCAUGCUGAAGAUGGAGCCGCUCGCCACCGUGGAGUCCCUGGAGCAGUACCUGCUCAAGAUGGUGGCGAAGCAGUGGUACGACUUUGAGCGCUCGUCCUUCGUGUUCGUGAGGAAGCUGAGGGAAGGACAGACCUUCACCUUCAGACACCAGCACGACUUCGACGAGAACGGGAUCAUCUACUGGGUCGGCACCAACGCCAAGACCGCCUACGAGUGGGUAAAUCCUGCUGCCUACGGCCUGGUGGUGGUGACAUCGUCAGAGGGGCGUAACCUCCCCUACGGGCGGCUGGAGGACAUCCUGAGUCGGGAUAGCUCCGCCCUCAACUGCCACACCAACGAUGACAAGAACGCCUGGUUCGCUGUCGACCUCGGUCUCUGGGUCAUUCCUUCAGCUUACACACUGAGACACGCCAGGGGCUAUGGCCGCUCGGCGUUGAGGAACUGGGUGUUCCAGGUGUCGAAGGACGGUCAGAACUGGACGACUCUCUACAACCACGUAGACGACUGCAGCCUCAACGAACCGGGGUCGACGGCCACGUGGCCCCUGGACCCCUCCAAGGAGGAGAAGCAGGGGUGGAGACACAUCCGGAUCAAACAGAUGGGGAAGAACGCCAGCGGGCAGACCCACUACCUGUCUCUGUCGGGACUGGAGCUGUACGGCACCGUCACCGCCGUCUGCGAGGACCAGCUCGGUAAAGCUGUGAAGGAGGCGGAGGCGAACCUGCGGCGCCAGCGGCGCCUGUUCCGCUCCCAGGUGAUGAAGUACAUCGUCCCGGGGGCGCGGGUCGUCCGCGGCAUCGACUGGAAGUGGCGCGACCAGGACGGCAACCCGUCGGGCGAGGGCACCGUCACCGGGGAGGCCCACAACGGCUGGAUUGAUGUAACCUGGGACUCUGGCGGCUCUAACUCUUACCGUAUGGGCGCUGAAGGGAAGUUUGACCUCAAGCUUGCUCCAGGGUACGACCCUGAGUCGGCUGCCACAGCGCCGUCACCCAAACCUGUCUCAUCCACUGUUUCAGGCCCCGCCUCCUCCACGGUGGGACCCUCCGCGGUGCCGGCGGCCGGCGGCGGCACCACCACCACCACGUCCUCCUCGUCCUCGUCCACCUCGUCGUCCUCACAGCAGCAGUCGUGGAGCAGCCUGGUGAAAAAUAACUGUCCCGACAAGGGCGGGGCGGUGGCGCUGGGCGGGGGCGGCGCCGGCUCCUCCAGCCGGAAGGGCAGCAGCAGCUCCGUCUGCAGCGUGGCCUCGUCCUCCGACAUCAGCCUGGGCUCCUCCGCGGGGCCGCCGGGCGCCGCCGGCCUGCGUCUGGAGCGGCGGGCCGAGGGCCUGCUGCUGGACUCGGGCGCGGCGGGGAUCGGCGGCGGCUCCGAGCCCAUCGUCGUGCUGUCGUCGGCCGAGGGCGGGUCCGGCUCGGUGUCCAGCUCCGGCACGCUCACCGCCGACACGCCCGUGCCCGGCGGCGACGACGCCAGGAACAAGGACUCGUCCACGGAUCCGGCGACGGCGAUCUCCAUGGGGCUGGUGAGCGUGAGCUCCCCCGACGUCAGCUCGGUGUCGGAGUCGUCCGGCAAGGACGCGGCGUCCCAGCGGCCGCUGUGCUCGGCGGCCAACGCCCGGCUGUCCGUCAGCUCGCUGCUGGCCGCCGGCGCGCCCAUGAGCUCCAGCGCCAGCGUGCCCAACCUGUCGUCGCGGGAGGCCAGCCUCAUGGAGUCCUUCGUCCGCCGCGCGCCCAACAUGUCGCGCACCAACGCCACCAACAACAUGAACCUGAGCCGCAGCAGCAGCGACAACAACACCAACACGCUGGGCCGCAACGUCAUGAGCACCGCCACUUCUCCUCUCAUGGGCGCUCAGAGCUUUCCUAACCUCACCACCACCGGCACCAACUCCACUGUUACCAUGUCAACCUCCAUAGUAACCAGCAGCAAUAACGUAGCCACGGCAACCACGGGUCUGUCGGUGGGCCAGUUGCUCAGCAACACGCUGACCACCAGCCUGACGUCCACGUCCAGCGAGAGCGACACGGGCCAGGAGGCAGAGUUCUCGCUCUAUGACUUCCUGGACAGCUGUCGUGCCAACACGCUAUUGGCCGAGCUGGACGACGAGGAGGACCUCCCGGAGCCGGACGACGACGACGACGAGAACGAAGACGACAACCAGGAGGACCAGGAGUACGAGGAGGUCCUGGAGGAGGAGGAGUACGAGACCAAAGGAGGUCGCAGGAGGACGUGGGACGACGACUUCGUCCUGAAGAGACAGUUCUCUGCUCUGGUCCCCGCCUUCGACCCGAGGCCCGGAAGAACCAACGUCCAGCAGACCACCGACCUCGAGAUCCCCCAGCCAGGAACUCCUCGUUCGGAGGUUCAGGAGGAGGUGGAGUGCGCUCCGUCUCCGCACCUGUCUCUCACUCUGAAGGUGGCGGGGCUGGGUACGAGCCGAGAGGUGGAGCUUCCUCUGUCCAACUACAAGUCCACCAUCUUCUACUACGUCCAGCGGCUGCUGCAGCUCUCCUGCAACGGAGCCGUGAAGACGGACAAACUGCGCCGCAUCUGGGAGCCCACGUACACGAUAAUGUACCGUGAGCUGAAGGACUCGGACAAAGAGAAGGAGAGCGGGAAGAUGGAUUUAUGUGAGCACAGUCUCAGUAUAUCGGGCGGUCGUUCUGGCGGCCAGAGCCCGAGCUCGCUCUCGGCCAAUCAGAGCAGUGAGAUCCUGUGCGUGGCACGGGAGAUGGCGCAGGCGAAGGCGGGCUGCAGCCAGAACGCCUGCGGGGUCGAGGACGUCCUGCAGCUGCUGCGCAUCCUCUACAUCAUCGGUGGAGACGGCGCCUCCAACGCACGCACUCUGCAGGAGGAUUUUGAGGAGCUGCAGUUCAACGCGUCUCCGGAGGAGUUCACCAGUAAGAAGAUCACAACCAAGAUUCUGCAGCAGAUCGAGGAGCCCCUGGCUCUGGCCAGUGGAGCGCUGCCUGAGUGGUGUGAGCAGCUGACCUCUAAGUGUCCUUUCCUGAUCCCCUUCGAGACCCGGCAGCUCUACUUCACCUGCCGGCGUUCGGAGCCAUCCAGGGCGGGCCCAGUGUGGCCCAGAACCGGCGGGGAGGCGAAGGGCCCCGGGGCCCGCCCCACGGUGCGGCGGGACGACCCCGGCGAGUUCAGGGUGGGCCGGCUCAAACACGAGCGGGUCAAGGUCCCCCGCGGGGACGCCAUGAUGGACUGGGCCGAGUCCGUCAUGCAGCUGCACGCGGACAGGAAGUCGGUGCUGGAGGUGGAGUUCCUGGGUGAAGAGGGAACAGGUCUCGGUCCCACUCUGGAGUUUUAUGCUCUGGUGGCUGCAGAGUUUCAGAGGACGUCUCUGGGGAUCUGGCUCUGUGACGACGACUUCCCCGACGACGAGUCCCGACAGGUGGACCUGGGCGGUGGUUUGAAGCCUCCCGGUUUCUACGUGCAGCGGUCCUGCGGCCUGUUCCCGGCGCCGUUCCCCCAGGACAGCGAGGAGCUGGAUCGGAUAUCCAAACUCUUCCACUUCCUGGGCGUCUUCCUGGCCAAGUGUAUCCAGGACAACCGUCUGGUGGACCUGCCGGUUCGAAACCCCGUUCUUAAAGCCCCUUUUGAAGGGGGGACACCCAAGCCCAAACCGAGAAAAGUGCUUACCCCCCGGGGCAGCCCCCCCCCGCACGGGCCCCAAAGCCGAGCCGUCCGUAACCCCCCCGGGCCCGGCGCCCCCGGCACCCUUCCUGCUGUGGGGGAGUUUGCGGGCGGAGGCGUCCACGGGAGAGCCAGGAGCCCCUACCCCGUGGGCAGUUUCGAGGGAAGACCCAAGUCGAUUUCCUCAUGGACCCCCCCAAACCCAAACCGCCCGCUUGGUACCACGGCAUCCUCACCGCGGACAAAUUUUCAGCUCGUAAACCCCCCCAGGGAGUUUUCCAAAGGAGGGGGGAAGGAGCUGUGGUGAAGAGGGGGGAAGAUCCUGUCCAGUAAAGCUUUUGAAGAUGAGAAAAACCCCCCGGCGCGGGGCCCGAUGCUGAGGAACCCGGGGUUGGGGACCCCCGCUCAGCACGCCCCCCCGGGGUAAAAC